AUGUCGGCUCGUCGCCCCUCAAAUCCAUUCACAAAGAACCAGGAUACGCCUGGCUACUACGACGAACAUGUCUCAGCGGAUCAACGCGCCCAGCUUCGUUCGCUUGCUCAGCACAUGCGAAAGCUCAGCAUGAGCAACAGCGCGCUCUCCGACGACAGCACCACCGAACUUCCUUCGUUCCGUAAGAACAGUGUCCAGUCUGGCAGUGCAAGUAACGGGGCCAUCACCCCUCGAGCUGAAGCAGGUCCUCGUUCCAACGGCCAGUCUGGCUCAGCAACGGCCACUGCCAUCCCUGGCGCUCUCACCCCCGCCGGUGGUGCCAAGUACACUCCUCACAAUGGCGAUCUCCCCGACGCCGAUCAAGCGUACGGCGAAGAUCAAGACAAAGCCACUCUCCUGUCAGGCAGCCUCAGCAGGAGCUCUUCCAGCUUCAACAACACCUUUGGCCAAAGCGCCCACCACGACACGGACGACGACAAGCAACGCGUCAUGCAGCGCGCCCGUGGCAUCGUUCGCACCUACUCCAUGGGUCAGCAGAAGCGUCGCCCCCAGCGCAUGAACGACGAUCCCGUCAUUCUCUCGCGACGUAUGAGCCAUGACGCUGUUCAGCACGCCCCUCGCCGCUUCAUCGUCGAUGUCGAAGAGACCAUGCGCCUUGUGCUCGAGCAAGAGGACACCGACGGCAACUUUCAGAUCUGCAUCACCGACAGUGGUCCCAAGGUACUCACUCUCGGCACUGCUACUUCCAACGGCUACAAAGGCUUCGACAUCCGUGGUACCUAUAUGCUUUCCAAUCUCCUCCAAGAACUCGCUCUCGCCCGUGAGCACGGCCGCAAGCGUAUCGUGCUCGACGAAUCGCGUCUCACCGAGAACCCCGUCGACCGUCUCUCUCGUAUGAUCACCCAGACCUUCUGGCACAACCUCACCCGUCGUAUCGACGGCGACGGCCUCGACGCCAUCCUGUCGGACCCCAAGAAUCGCAGCAAGUCCCAGAAUCCACGCAUCUACGUUCCUGCUUCCGAGACCGAGAUGCUUCAGUACUAUCAAAAGGUAGCCGAAGAGCGUCCUGCCCUCAACCUCACCGUAGAAUCGCUACCACAGAACAUCACCGCCGAAUACACCCGCGAUCUCAACGAUAAACCCGGUCUGCUUGCCCUCGCCAUGCGCGACGACAUCGAUCCCACCACCGGCGAGAAGAAGGGUCUCAAAGGCGUUCCGUUCGUCGUGCCUGGCGCCCGCUUCAACGAACUCUACAACUGGGACAGCUACUUCAUCUCGCUCGGUCUCGUCGUCGACAACAUGAUCGAUCUUGCCAAGGGCACCGUCGACCAUUUCAUCUUUGAGAUCAAGCACUACGGCAAGAUCCUCAACGGCAACCGCACCUACUACCUCAUGCGAGCUCAGCCUCCCUUCCUCACCGACAUGGCCCUCCAGGUCUACUCUCGACUCGACCCCGCCAACGAGGCUGACAACAAGGAGUGGCUGCGCAAAGCCAUCCAGGCUGCCAUCAAGGAGUACCACACCGUCUGGAUGAGCAAGCCACGCUUCGACGACAAGACCUGGCUCUCGCGCUACCGACCCGAGGGUCUCGGGGUCCCGCCCGAGACGGAGGCUUCGCAUUUCACCCACAUCCUCCGCCCUUACGCUGAGAAGCACGGCUGCAGCGUCAACGAGUUCACGCGCAAGUACAACCACGGCGAGAUCAAGGAGCCUGAGCUCGACACCUACUUUAUGCACGAUCGCGCCGUUCGCGAGUCGGGUCACGACACCACGUACCGCUUCGAGCGCAAGUGUGCCGACCUCGCCACCAUCGACCUCAACGCCUUGCUCUACAAGUACGAGAUCGACAUUGCCACCGCCAUCCGCGAGGUCUUCGACGACCACCUGGUGCUCGAGGACGACUUUCCGUUGCACGGCCCUCUCCCGCCAUCGCUGCUCAAAGACGGCCAGGGCCCAUCACAGCCCUCUCGCUCCAUCGAGACGCCGCAGACAAGCGCCGAAUGGUUCGCUCGUGCCGCCCACCGCAAGGCGCAGGUGGACAAGUACAUGUGGAACGACGGCAUGGGCCUCUACUUUGACUACGACACUCGCCUCGAGGAGAACAUCGUCUAUGAGAGUGUCACGUCCUUCUGGGCCAUGUGGGCUGGUAUGGCGUCCGAAGACCAAGCCGCCAAGCUGGUCAGCAAGUCGCUCCGGCGCUUCGAGGAGCAGGGCGGUCUCGUUUCCGGCACGGAAGACUCGAGGGGAAAGAUCUCGAUCGACCGACCCAACCGACAGUGGGACUGGCCAUACGCCUGGCCCCCGCACAACGUGCUCGCCUGGGUCGGACUCGAGCGAUACGGCUAUCUUGAGGAGGCAAGACGUCUCGCGUACAGGUGGCUGUACAUGAUGACGCUCGCCUUCGUCGACUUCAACGGCACCGUGCCGGAGAAGUUCGACGCCGUCAACCUGUCCCACAUGGUGGACGCCGAGUACGGCAAUCAGGGCAUCGACUUCAAGUGCGUGCCUAGGGAAGGAUUCGGUUGGAUGAACUCGAGCUUCCAAGUCGGACUCACGUUCCUCACCACCCACCAGCGCAGAGCGGUGGCAGCACUUCAGCACCCGGACGAGUUCUUUAAUGUUCGUCGUCAUUAG